AUGAAGGUGGAAGUAGCGACGAAGAAGCUUCAUUUGCUCUUCAUUGCUAUUUCGACACCGGAUGCAGCACCGUCAUCAGGUCAAAUAGUUGUGCGUGACACCGGGGCUAUGUGA